AUGAAGAAAAUAGCCUAGUUUUUUUUAAAACCUACUGUUCCAGUAGUUACCAUUAACGGAUAAAUAACUGAAAAAAGUGUAAUUGAAUUGGAAAAAAAUCUGAAGGAUAUUAGAGUUUCUACUGCUAAGGCAUUAGCAGUUGUUGUUAACAGUCCUGGUGGAUCACCUACUUAGAGUAAAAAAAUGGUUGAUUUAAUUCAUAAUUUUGCUCAUGAUAAUCACCUAACUGUAUACACUUUUGCUGAAGAUUUAGCUGCCAGCGCUGGAUUUUAAGUUCUUAUUUCUGGAGAUAAAGUAUUUGCUGAUCAAUAAUCAACACUUGGAUCUAUUGGAUCUAUAACUAACUUUAUGAAUGUAAAAGAAUUGAUUUUAAAUCAAGGGAUAGAGAUUAGAUCAGUAACUACUAAUCCAGCUUCUGUCACUAAUUAAUCUAUGUUUAAAGAUGUUCCUGAAGAGUUAAGACACGUAUAUGAAAAUAUGUUGUAAAGCUAACACAAAAAGUUUAUUGAUUUAGUGGAAGAAUAAAGAGGAUCAAAGAUUAAAGUUCCCAAAGAAAAGAGAGGAAGUUUAUUGUAUAAUGGUGAUGUAUUCAACGGAAAAUAAGCAUUAGAAUAUGGUUUAAUUGAUUCUAUUGGCAGAGUCCAAGAUGUUAUGAAGGAGGAAUUCCCAAAAGCUGAUGUUGUCUUUCCUUAAAAGCCCUCUAUUUCAGGAAAGUUCAUGGAGUAUGCCAAGCUAUAUAACUUAUUCUAAACUAUCUAUCAAAAAUGA